UUAAAUUGGUUUGUUUACCUUGCACUGGAAUAUAAGAAAAGAGAUACAUAACGGUCGCUUUUUCAAAUUAAAAAGAGAAAAACGCUUGAAAGGAAUAGCCAAAAAAAUAAACUUUGUAUAUUGUGUUGUAAAAUAUGUCAAUAUUUUUGUUUACAUUUUAAGUGUGUCAUAUUUGCAUGGUUAUGGUUAAAAAUAAUGUUGCCCUAUUUGUAGAGAGUUUUAUUAUAAAUACAAAUCAGUAAUGCCAGGAGCAACAAGAAGGCUCAAUCGUAAUAACGUGCGUUCAACUCCUAUUUCACCACCUGUUAUAUCAACUUUUGCUAAUGAACUCUGCGGACAAAGGUACGCUCCCUUGGGAGCUUCCGUUCCGACUCUACCCGCAUUAGAACCUCCAGCAGCACCUAAACAUUUUCCCUUUCCAAAUACACCCAUGGACAAUGACUUUUUCUUCGAGGCUUUCAUGUGUUUUUUUGCAAUUUGCACUACAGCCUUGCAGUUCUUACAUUUGUACAGGUCAGUGUGGUGGCUCCCGAAUUCAUAUACAAGAUUGGCAAUGAAUUUUUAUUUAAUUGAUCCAAAUUUGGUUGUGUUUAUCAUUGUGACAUUAUCAAGAAGGUUUAUUUACAUGUCUGGAUGUAUGAUAUUAAAUAAAAUAAUUAUUGAUCAAAGACAAGAAUAUAUUUACUCUUAUUUUAGGUUCUUCCUGUUCAGCAUUAUGUGCAUGAUUUUAACACUUUGCACAUGUCUGGUGAUACAAAAUCACCAGUUAGAAAAGAUUUUAUACUUGUGUUAUCCAUUUUUUAUAUACCUAAUUCUGUUCGGAUUUAACAUUCAUCCGUUUUUCGUGUUGAUAAAGUGGAAGCCUACACCGCCGUUGCACGCUUGCAGUUUGAGCGCCGCGGAAAUUCGUAAGGAGGUGGAGAAUCUCAUCACAAACUUCAAUUGCAGAAUGAAAGAAAUAUUGUUCACGGCUAUCUGCAAUGCUUAUUAUGCAGGAUUUAUACCCUGUUGUUUUGCACAAUCUUCUUUGCACUACGAUAGUUUUUGGGCAGCUCAGCACAUUUUCUUCAUUUUCAUCACCGGUUUCAUAUCUCUGUCGAUCCAUAUUCUCUCCCUACGAUAUUGUGACAUACUGCAUCGAUCCGCUCUGCAUUUGGGCACUUGGGAGAGACUGGAAACAGGCAGGACCAUGCUUUUGGUGAACAACACAUGGAAAGAGGACGUCUUGUGGCCCUACGGAGCUCUAGUAAGGUACGGAAAGGAUAUAUGGAGGGCACAAGGUGAUUGUAACAGCAGCGAGCCUGGAAAUGUUGGACUUAGAAGAUUUUAUCAUGUUUUCAAAAAUCCCACGUAUACGCUGAGACUGAAAUUGUUUCUUUUAUUAAUAUUGGUCAUUUGUCAGUUGGUGUUGUUAGUUCGCAGCACUCUGUGGUACAAAAUCAUUUCGUUGACUUUCAUUUUAUUUUUUAACUAUUACAUUCUAUUUAAGUUGUUCAGGGACUACCUAGUCAGCCAUAAAAUCUAUAGAGAGGAACGAGACUUGCAUAAAAAGAUUAAUAAUUUGAGAUAAACGAAUAUUUGUGAUAUUUUUUGCGUUAUUUUUUUUUAAUAAAUGUUUUUUUUAAUGCGUUU